GCAUGAUGGUCCCAUGUUCUGCAGCUGUGCACUCGCAGGAAAACCCAGGGUCAGGAUUCAGAUGGAAUGAGUAAUAGACGUUCCAUGUCUAUCCCCGUAGCUCGAUGAGAUCGAUCCUGCCUGCCUGCUGGUUGUAUAACAUCAUGGCACUGCAUGGGUCUUGCACUCUCACGAUAAGUCCCAACACGAUAGACAUAUUAGUCACUAGCAAUAGUGUGGCUAGGAUUGGAAAUCUUAUUCAACCCUCGCGCACCAAACUACCUAUCACCCCGCCCUCCAAUGCCCCAAAAUUUCAGUGGUGUAGUGGAUAUAAGAGAAGAUAGCUCGCUUAAUUCCUGGUCGUUGAAGUCCGCCGUC